UCCGCCGUCGCGAAUUGGCGGGUCCCGAUGGUGCCGGAGUUGCAAGCAUGGGCCGUGAGCAAGGCCGUGGAAGGGGCAGAGGGCGAGGAGGAAGAUUUGGCAGCAGCUACUUCAAUGGAGGCCGUGGUAAUGGAGGAUAUGGCAGCAACAACAACAACAAUGGCUACGGGCGUGGGCGCGAGACCUACAUGGAGCAGCCAGAGGGGUACAAUGAUGGGAGUGGCAGAGUGUGGAAGUUGAAGAAAGCACUCUAUGGCCUCAAGCAAGCCCCUAGGCAAUGGUACAUCAAGCUGCGGGAAGUCUUG